AUGACCUGGACGCAAAUAAAAAUUUACUGUGCCUGCAGGACUUUAGCUUUCAAACAACAAAAGAAAUGGGUGACUAGAAGCAUAUGCCAGAGAGCAGCUUUUAAAACAAACAGGAAUAAACAAACUCCUUCUUUUUCUCAUCUUUUAACAGGAUGGUACUGGGGCAACAUGACUGUUGCUGAAGCCAAAGAAAGGUUACAGGAUGCCCCUGAAGGGACCUUUUUGGUUAGGGAUAGUUCGCAUUCAGAGUAUCUACUGACUAUAUCGGUAAAAACAUCAGCGGGACCGACCAAUCUACGUAUAGAAUAUCAAGAUGGCAAGUUUAGACUGGACUCUAUCACUUGUGUCAGAUCUAGACUUAAACAGUUCAACAGCGUUGUGCAUUUGAUCGAGUACUAUGUUCUUAUGUGCAAGGAUAGAACUGAAACACCUUCAAACGGAACAGUUCACCUUUACUUGAACAAACCCCUCUAUACGUCUGCUCCAUCUCUGCAACACCGCUGCAGAAUAGCUAUAAACAAGAGCACAAAUCAGAUCUGGGAGCUGCCAUUACCAACAAGACUAAAAGAGUACUUGAAAGAGUAUCAAUACCAGGUAUAAUUAUAUUUUCUAAAUGCCUCUAAAACAGAGUAACUUUUGAAUGCAAUUCUUAAAAUCAGCCAAAGAACUGAACAACCAGUUGUACAACUCAGCAUGGAAUUCACUAUCAAAACAGUGGCAGUUCUGGGGGAAAGGUUUAUAUUUCAGAUGCUACAAAGGGAGACUUUAUGUAAAAUAAUCCUGUUUGCAUCUUUGGGGGUUCAACAAGGUGGCAUGCUAUUAUUGCAAGGAGAAUGAAGCCAGGAAUCUGUCCAGAUUGUGUUGCUUUUUCAAUAAAAUGCUGCACUAACUAUCAAAUGCUUACUGAAGCAGUGGGACCGGGAGAGACUUCAUAAAUGCUCAGAGAAUAUGAGAGUUUACAAGUAUCUAAGUUGUCUGAUUCCAAGAUUAAUUUGGUGCUGGUGUUCAUAUAAUCCUAAAAGCUUAACUAGAUCACACUGUGAUAAUCUUGCUAAAGUUAUGCAACUAAUCAAAUCCAGUCAGAAAAAUCAUCAUGCAUUCAGUUUUUAUUGAACUACUCUCCUGCUUUUCUGCAAGCAAAGGAGUACUGUAAGUAAUCAGUCUAGAACAUUGUUUUUCAAAGUUCUCUGAAAGCUGACCUUAAUAAGAAAUGCCACAUCUUUCACAGGAACCCAGUAUAUUGCUGAUUAUACCAGAUUGGUAUCCCAGAAUCUUUAACAUGUUGACAUCUUCACAGUGAUGAUGUAUCCAUGCUAUUAUUAUUAAGCCUCUUUUGGUUGAGGCUUUAGAACUAUAUGUUCCAGGCUUGCAGUUCCAAUGUCAAAACAUGGAUAUCAGCAGUUACAUGUGUCUUCUACAGUGUAGAAUGUUUUCUUCAGCCUGUUUCCCAAAAUAUGGGGAAAUAUGAUGUGGAUUUUUUUUA